GCGCUUCCCGCCCUGCGCGGCCCCUCAGCGCCGCCCGCCAUGUUCGCGGAGCUGAACGAGCUGCUCGGGGCCUCCCCGGAGCGCCCGGACGCGGGUAAAUUCACCCUGCUGCGAGACACCCAGACAGAUGGCAGCUUCCUGGUGCACCACUUCCUCUCCUUCUACCUCAGAGCUGGCUGCAAGGUUUGCUUUGUGGCCCUGCUCCAGUCCUUCAGCCACUACAGCAUCGUGGCACAGAAACUGGGAGUCAGUCUGGCAGCUGCCAAGGAGCGGGGACAGCUUGUCUUCUUGGAGGGCCUCAAGUCCUGCCUUGACCUCCUGUUUGGGGAGAAGGAGCAGCCAGGACAGCCCAGUCCUCUGCAGUUUCUGAGCGGGAGCGCCUGUGAGCUGCGGGCCUUGUUUGACUUUGUCCGGGUGUCCCUGAGUGCCGCUGGCGGUGAUUCCUGGAAAGGCCCCGUGCUGCUGGUGGAUGACCUCAGUGUCCUGCUGAGCCUGGGGGCUGCCCCGGUGGCCGUGCUGGACUUCAUCCACUACUGCCGUGUGUGGGUGUGCUGCCAGCUGAAGGGGAACAUCGUGGUGCUGGUUCACAGCAGCGAGGAUUCGGAAGAUGAGGAGAAUGAGCUGGUUGUGAACUCCCUGUGUCAUCACAGCGACCUCAUCCUGUGGGCAGAGGGGCUGGCCACUGGCUUCUGCAAGGAUGUUCACGGGCAGAUUAAGAUAAUCAAGAGAUUGUCCUUGCGGCAGGCGGCGGAGCAGGAUGUGGUCCAGAUCUACCAGUACAAGAUCCAGGACAGGAACGUCACCUUUUUCGCACGGGGGCUGUCGGCUGCAGUCCUGUGACACUGUGACAGUGCAGAGCCUGGGAGUGUCAGUCCCUGCUUCUGCAAAAGCACCACCAGCACCUCUCAGGAGCAGCACAGCAAACUGACCCGGGAGGGAAGCUCAGACACACCUGGAAGUGGUGCCAACGUGGGAUCAGCCUGCCUGGGGCCUGCUGCAUGCCCUGGUCCUCCCACCCCGUUCCCAACACACUCAGGCCAAGAAAGGGAGCAAGAACUUGCAAGAAUGGCCCUUGGAGCAUGUAAAUACAGGCAGGGGGUGCCCUGCGGGCUGGGUGUGCCUUGCCUCGCCUCUUCCGGUGUGGGGCACAGCAUGGCAGUGCCAGGCACUGCACAGAGGGAGCACCCUUCCCUCCCGCUGGCACAGGAGGAGAUGACACACAGCGGGUGGAGCAGGGAUGGUCCGGGAGCCUGGCGCAAUCCCCUCCUUGCUCCCAGCUCUGGCUGGCAGAGGUUUGCCCAACUCCCAGCUUCCAUGCAGUUGGCAAAUGCACAGCUCUGUGGAUAGCCCUCACCUGGCUGUGCUGAGACCUGGGCACUGCCACGCUUUGUCCCCUGCGGCUUCCCAAGCUCAUCCUGGGCUUUGUGGUUGGAUAAACCCCUCUGGGAGCCUGCCUCAGCCACUGCUUCCUCAUCCCAAUCCCUGACUAGCUGUUACACGA